ACUUCGUCCUUUUCUUCACAUUAUUCGGAGAGAGAGAGAGAGAGAGAGAGAGAGAAGGACCUUAUCUUGGGGCUGGUUUUCAAGCUGACAUUAACCCAAAAGGCAAAGCAAACAACCAACAUAAAAUUUUUUUCAGCAAAAUUUUUAGAUUUUCUCCAUUUCCAAUCACUCUUCAGCUUCAUACUCCUCAACUUUCUAAGGAAUUGGUAGAAAACAACAGCAAGUCGAAAUCUGCUUCAUGUGUUGCUAGCUCCGUGUAACUAAUGGCUGCUUCUAUAUAUCUCUGAGUCUAGGUCGGUUCAGUUUGGAAUUUCACUUGUAAAAUGAAUCACUAUGUUUCUGAUUUCGAAAAGGACGACGACUGCGCAAUCCCCACUUCUUCGACCUUAACUCGUUCUAAGAGAUCAAUCACGUCCGAGGACGAGAUCAUGGAGCUGCUAUGGCAGAACGGUCAGGUGGUCGUCCAGAGCCAAACCCAAAUGUCUCUUAAGAAAUCCCAGCACCACAAAUACGACAACACUGUGCUUCCCAUCGAACAAUCAACCCCCAGGGAGAUCCGAUCGUCACAUGAACAACAGCAGCAUCUUUUAAUGCAAGAGGACGAGAUGGCUCCUUGGCUUCAUUACCCUCUCAACGACACUAAUUUCGACCAAGAUUUCUGUGCCGAUCUCCUCUAUCCUUCCACUGCCUGUGUCACUUCCACUACCACAAAUACCAGCGCCGCUCCCAUACGUUCAACUCACAAUCCAGAGGCUCGCCUACACCCGGCGGUUUCUGCUGCUACUGCUACGGCUACAGCAACGAAUACAGCUACGGCUUCCAGACCUCCAAUACCACCGACGAGGAGAGCGGAGGUGGUGCAGAACUUCGCCUACUUCUCCAGACAUAGAGCGAGGGGUGGCGUGUCAGAAUCAGGGCCGUCAAAUUUGAAAACCGUGUUGAAGGAAUCGACGGUUGUGGACUCUAGUGAUACACCAGCGAUGGUGUCUGAAUCUAGAAUUUCGGAGGCGGCGUUCGCGAGGAGUACUGCCGGUGUAUCCAGCGGCGAUAAUGCGUGCGGGAUCAUGAGCGGCGCUGCAGUAGCUGGUACCUCUUCCCGGGGAGGUGGGAGUAAUAAUAAGGAUUUGAUAACGUGCGAGAUGACUGUGACUUCGUCCCCCGGUGGCUCCAGCGCCAGUGCCGAACCGCCGUCUCAGAAGCUGGCGACGGAUGACAGGAAGCGCAAGGGAAGGGAGGAUGAAACGGAGUAUCACAGCGAGGAUGUUGAGUUUGAAUCUACUGAUGCAAAGAGACAACUACGCGGAUCAACAUCUAUGAAAAGAUCUCGUGCUGCUGAAGUUCACAACCUGUCAGAAAGGAGACGGCGAGACCGGAUAAAUGAAAAGAUGAGGGCUUUGCAAGAGCUUAUACCUCGAUGCAACAAGUCAGACAAAGCUUCUAUGUUAGACGAGGCAAUUGAGUACCUGAAAUCACUUCAGUUGCAAAUACAGAUGAUGUCCAUGGGAUGCAGCAUGGUCCCAAUGAUGUUUCCUGGCAUCCAGCAGUAUAUGCUGCCAUUGGGGAUGGGAAUGGGGAUGGGCAUGGGAACGGAAAUGGGCAUGAAUCGGCCUAUGAUGCCAUUUCCCAAUGUUCUAGCUGGUGCACCCAUGCCUACACCGGCUGCAGCAGCUCAUUUGGGUCCAAGGUUCCCUAACCCAACUUUUCAUAUGCCCACUAUCCCUACACCAGCUCCUGAUCCAUCCAGAAUCCAAGCAACAAACCAGUCAGAUCCCAUGCUAAGCGCAAUAAGCACACAGAAUCCAAACCUGCAGCAUCGAGUACUAAAUUUUUCUGAUCCUUAUCAGCAGUACCUUGGUCUGCAGCAGACGCAAACGCCAGUAUCACAGAACCAAGCAAAGACUCGGCCAAUCACCAGCAAACCAGGUACCAGUCAAGCAGCUGAGAAUCUUGAUAAUCACCAGUCAGGUAGGCACUCCAUCUCUUUAAUUAUAGGGUUUUACAAGCGCAAUUGCCCGUGCCUUGUCGAGGGUUUAUAAAUCAUUGAAUUUUUUUUUUCCUAUACUUUAUAUUGAUUAGUAAUGAGAUUAUUAUUAUCUUUUCAUGAUAAAAAAAAUAUAAUUAUUUUUUAAUAUAAUUUCAGUAUAUAUACAAUGUUAAAUAUAAAUAUAGUCAUUCAAGUUUAUUUUAAUAAAAAAUAAUAGUUAGUAUAAAUUCAAUAGUUAAAUAAAUUAAAUACAUAGUUAAACAAAUGAAAAGGAAAAAAAUUAAAUGAUCAGAUAAGUUAUACUUAAGUGGUUAGAAAAUUAAAUUUUUUUAAAAAAAUUAAAAAAAAAAAGUAUUCAAAGGAAAAGGGGUUUGGGUGGGUUGUAGAGUCAUGAAUGGAUAUAGCACUGGAUGGUCUAAAAUUAUUGCGCAAAAAAAUAAAAAAUCUGAAAAAAAAUAUUUAAAAAGUAAAAAAUUGAAAAAAAGAAGCAUUAUUCAUAUGAACAAUAGAUGUGAAUAUGGCUUUAAUAUAUUAUACAAAACGAGUGAAUAAUCUAAAAUAAAGAAUUUGAAGAAGCUAAAAAUAAAAAUGAAGAAAUACUAUUCGCUGGAAUAAUAUUAUGAAAUAUAACGGAAAAUUAAAAAAAAAUAUUUAUAUAAGUGAUAAUUAAAUGGUUGAAAAAUUAAAAUAAAUUGAAAUAAAAAAAUUUAAAAAGUUUUACAAAAAUAUUUAAAGGAAAAGAGUGUUUUGGUGCCUUGUGGAGUUAUGGACUGGUUGGCUUAUUGAAUGGCCUGGCAUUUUUUUGCAAAAUGUAUAAAAAUUAAAAAAAUAUAAAAAAAAGCUCUAUUACUUUGAAUAGUGAAUGUGGUUGUGGUUUUAAUCUAUUGUAUAAAAAAGAAUAAAUAAUUAAAAAAAAUUAAAAGUAAAAAAUUUGAAAAAAAGAAUAUAUUUUUUACAUACAAUGAAAUGAUGUUGAGUUUUAGUAUAUAAGGAUGUCAAGUUUGAAUUUUGUAUGAAAUGUUUAUUUACUUUCGACUUAAUAAAGAAAAUAAAAAACUAAUAUAUCACUUAUCAAUUGAACUUUAUAUAUAGUAUUUAUAUGAUUUUGACUCAUUGAUAAAAAAAAAAAAUCACUUAUUAACUAGUAAAUUUUAUUAUAACAUAAUAUCUCAAAUUGAAUAUAUUAAUAAAUGGAUUAGUGCGAAAAAUAUAAACAAUUUUUAUAAAAAUUAUAAAAGAAAAAGAAAAAAAAAUCCCAAAACACUCUUACCAUAAACGGUGUUUUGUGAUUCAGUUCUAGUGUAUGUAUAAUUAGCCACAGGAGAGUGUUGAUGCAAAUAAUAAUAAUGAAAGAUAGUUUUGAUGGGAAUAUAUCGGUUAGUGACACAGCUUGUACUGCUUGAUGGAUUGCUCUUCUACGUUGACUCUACGCUAUACCCUAAUGUAUACUUGCAACAUAUGAAAAUUUGUGUUGGUCAUGAGUAGGUGUUUGAUAUCAUGUCGAAUUCAAAGCAAAAUGGGUGCAAUUGAAAACAUUGGGAAGAGGUGUUGGUGAUUUAUUUUUUUUAUGUUGCGGCACAAAAUUAAGGCUAGGUUCUUGACUUGUCUGUCUCCUUUUCCUCAAAAUUGGAAUGAAAAUAGAGUAGGAAAUAAGUCGUUAUUGUUUAAUUAACCUCCAUAUUCAAGCUCCAAACUUUUUCACUGGAUGGUUUUCUGUAGGGACAUGACAUGCCUAAAAAUAGAAUCCCCACUUGGCAAAACAUUCACAAGUUGCAGCAAUAAGUUGUAUAGUUGUGCUGGCCUCUCAUAAUAGUGGUGCGUUGUAAUAUCACUGUUCCAACCAAGGAUUGCUGGUAGACUGCCUCUGCUCAAGAAGAUAUUACAGGUGAUGGAAUUUCCUGUGCUUUUAGGUUGAAGUUUUGGGCAGAUCUCUUAUGGAAGACCCUGCAAGUUUUGUAGUGCAAGAAGAGCAACAUCCCAGAGCAGCUUUUGCGAAUGUCUAAUACAACAAUAAGACAGCUAAAUUGUAAUUAUAUAUCACUCAUAGAAAUGAAAUUUUCUGUGUUCUGGCUGCUC